AUGGCAUAUAGUACAGUGAAUGAGCGUUCAGUCCCUAACUCCAACGCGGAUCACCUGUUGUUGGGGGCUGCAGGAAUUCUUGAUUGGAUUGGUGGGUUCGUGGAUCUGGAAGGCCAGCAAGUAAAAAUCAUGCGGAAUGCCAUAAACACCACUGACAUUAUCAGACCAUACAUAGGGUAUUCCUCCACAAGCGGUAUGUAUUUUUCCGACGAUCAGACAUAUCUCGUCUUUGGAGCACCGAGAGAAGAAAUGAGGGGCAUGGUGUUAUUCUUCAGAGCGGGCGAAGCUCAGCACAGUUUACAAAAUACUGCCAAGGUCUUAGAAGGUAGAGAGAACGACAAGACUUUACCUGCAAACGCUUAUUACGGAGCUACGUUAUGCACUAUGGAUGUAAACAAUGAUCAGAAAGAUGACCUGCUUGUAGGAGCCCCAAUGUACAGCCCUUUUAUGAAUGACGCUUUCACCGAAGAGCAGCUGGAAACAGGAAUGGUGUUUGUGUAUCUUGGCUCAAAGACGUUUAUGGGAUUUCAGACACCACCUCAGAUAUUAAAGGGAACCCAGCCCUAUGGCAGAUUCGGAAGUGCCAUCGCUAACCUUGGCGACAUCAAUUCAGACUUUUACGCAGAUAUUGCAAUAGGUGCACCUUAUGAAAACAAUCUAAAAGGGGCUGUGUAUAUCUACAAUGGCUACACAGGCGGUGUUUGGCCACAAUACUCCCAGCGUAUACUUGCUUCGGAAAUUGACACUGGGUUGCGAGGUUUUGGUAUUUCAAUUUCAUCUGGAAAAGAUGUGAACUUAGACAAUAUCAACGAUAUGGUUAUUGGUUCCUAUCUCUCAGACCAAGCCCUGGUAAUGUUUGGGCAACCAGUAGUCCCUGUGCAUGCCCAGAUGGAUGUGCUCGACAGUAAAGGUUCAAUUACAAACUAUAUCGAGGUUGACAAUGACAAGCGAGACUCUAUCAUCGUUUGUUUCCGGUACGUGGAUCGCCGCUGUGAUCACAUUAAACUGAACGUGACCAUCAGUCUAGAUGUGGGGAGGAGCGAGCAGCCGAGAAUUGUAUUUGCUGCAAACAAUGAAGCCUCUUUGUCACGUGUGUUGAAGAUGUUAAAUGGUGAUCUUAGAUGUUCAAACCCUGCAGACAUACUGACAAAGUCUACAAGUGACCUUGUUAGUGAGAUAGAAAUUCAGGCAGACUACAUAGUGGACGAAAUAAUCUGUCCGGGCCUCACUGUCAGCGCCACAAUCAGCCGCUUCAACGGAGCAAGCCCCGGGGACCCGAUAUUGCAACUACGGAAUCAGCUGCAGUUUAGAAACGAUUGCCCAAACAACUUGUGCAGAACGAAUCUUACUAUCCUGGCCGAAGCCAAAUACACAAACGUUGAUGGCUACUUCGUAAUUGGAAACCACGACCUUGCUAUUGAUGUAAAGGUCACGAAAACCGGAGACUCAUCUUACGGAUCUGUCUUCUAUAUGGUCUAUCCUCAAUACCUUAGCUACAAAAACAUGGAGAAGUUCCGAGGAGAAAACGACGUCACGUGUUCUUUGAUUGACAGUAAAAAUAAUGAUACAGCAAUAGUUUUGAAAGAAGAAGAAUCGGCCAUUUCAUGUUUGUUUGGAAAUCCGAUGUCAAAUGAUACAGGUGUUGGCUUCCGGUUGUUUAUGAAAGUUCCGAUUUCCGUUGUUAAUGAUGAUUCUACAAUGAAGCUUCGCAUGCGUGUGACAACAUUGAGCGAGGAACUUGAACCAACGGACAACAACCAGACAAUCACUAUUAAUUUACGACAUAACCUAGAAGCCACGUUUUCAGGAAUAUCAACACGAGAACAGAUAUAUCUGGAAGAAAAUAAGGACGCAUAUGACAUGGAAAAUAUAUAUGAGUUAUACAAUAAAGGCCCGAGCAUUAUGCAGUCAGCAAUUGUAGAUAUUUCGUUUCCACAGUUACAAAGUUCCAACAAAGCUCUUUUGUUUCUGAACAGAACAGAGAUUCGAUGUGAACAAAAUUGUGAAGCCAAGUGCAGUCUGGUAGAGGAAUAUACGACACCAGCCAUCUACUCCUUCUUCAAAGGCCGACUUGUAUCAAACACAGGGAAACCAGAAACGGCGCUGUCAGAUAUUCAGAAUAAUGACUGUAAACAGCAGAAGUGUUCCAAAUUCGUUUGUGCCAUUUCUAAUAUACAACCGAAGACUAGUGCAGUUGUUUACAUGAAUUAUGUUAUAGACAGGGGUAUCCAAGGUGGAAUGAAGGAAGGAAAAUCAAUGACUCUCAUCUCAACAGCCAUGGUUAAGAUAAACAAAACAAACCUUAUCAGCAAUCAGACAGAGUUUCUACAACAGCUCAGUACUACAGUAAGGAAGAGAGCGCCUAUUAAGGAAGAAAUUCCAUGGUGGAUUAUUCUUGUCAGUGUUCUUGGCGGAAUUUUGCUUAUAGCUCUAAUUGUUCUUGUGCUCUGGAAGGUUGGAUUUUUCAAACGGAAGAGGAGAGAUGAGCUUGAAAAGAGAAAAUCACAUGCUCCUGAUUCUGGAAAUAAAGUGAAUAAUGAAAAGAAGAGGGAUUCAUACACUGAUAGUGAAGGAGGAAUUAUAGACAAUGAGAUUCCACCAGCGAAUAAUGAGAAGGAAAAAUAUUGAUGGUAAACAUGUUUACCUGGUUGAACACACAGGGCUAUUUAAAAUGAAAAAAUCUUGUACGACUUAAUUGAUCGGUCCAAGAGGCUACAGGACUACGUAUGUGUCAAAAAAGAACAGAAAACAAAUUGCUGAACAUUUACUGUUUAUAGAGGUACUUCCUAUGGUAAAACUUGAUGUUUAUUUUACGUUAAUAUUAUAUACAUUUUGUGCUUUUCUUUGAAGAAAUGAUUACAUGUAUACAAAGUAUCCAUAAGACAGUAUACAACGCCUACUCGAUGUGGUAGUUACUAUAUUAACAUAUAUUUAUAUAGUUAUAUUUUCACAGUUACGAUUGCUGUUAAACUUUCACAAGUAUGAUUGCUGUUAAACUUGUACAGUCACGAUUAAUGUUAAACUUAUAUACAGUCACGAUAAAUGUUUAACUCAUUUACAGUCACGAUUACUUGUUCACUAACUUACAGUUAAGAUCAAUGUUAAACUUAAUUACACUUACAAUUAAUAACAAAAUCAUUUAUAGUCAUGAUAAAUGGUAAAUUCAUUCACAUGUACGAAUAAUUUUAAACUCAUUUAUUGUUAAAAUCAAUGUUAAACACAUUUACAUGUACGAUUAAUUUUAAACAUAUUUACCUUUACGAUUACUGAUACACUCAGUUACAGUUCAUACUAAUGGUAGAUUUGUUUUACAUUUACGAAUAAUGUCUAACUCAUUUACACUUACGAUUAAUGUUUAACUCAUUUAUAGUUGCGAUUAAUGGUUAACUCAUUUACCGUUAUGAUUAAUGGUAAAGUAUUUUGCAGUUAAGAUUAAACCUUUCAGUGCUAAGUUUCUAUAAUAGACUUGUCCAUCUUUAAAUUUGGACAGUGCAAUUAACUGUUAAAAGUAGUGCUUACUAAAAGAUACUGACAGAAUGGCAAACAGUGCAGAUAUUGAUCAGACUGCACGGAUGUGCAGGCUUAUCAUAAUUUACACUGGUCGUAAAGACAGAGUCAUUCGAGUCCAGCAUGAUAAGGGUUAAUGUUAAACGCAAUAAAUUUUUACACUUACAAUUAACAGUUAACAACCCUUCAGCUGCUAUCAUUGGUAAACCCAUUUAGGGUUACGAUUGUUGUUAAAAUCAAUGUAAAUAUGUUUACAGUUACGACAAAUGUUAUACUCAUUUACACUAUUGCCUGUCUUAUUGUUUCAAAGUGUCAUGUUGUUACUCUUUAUUUCAGAUUCCAUGUAUCAUAUAUGCAAUAACCUACAGAUGUUUGUUUUUCUUUUCUGUUGCCUGAAUAAACAUGAUAAUGCCUCUUA